GUCUUGGUGCAGCCAGUGCAGCAGGAUGCCGGAGCCUUCCCGCUCCACUCCAGCCCCCAAGAAGGGGUCCAAGAAAGCCAUUACCAAAGCGCAGAAGAAAGACGGCAAAAAACGCAAACGGGGCCGCAAGGAGAGCUACUCCAUCUAUGUGUACAAGGUGCUGAAGCAGGUGCACCCGGACACCGGCAUCUCCUCCAAGGCCAUGGGCAUCAUGAACUCGUUCGUCAACGACAUCUUCGAGCGCAUCGCCAGCGAGGCCUCCCGCCUGGCGCAUUACAACAAGCGCUCGACCAUCACGUCCCGCGAGGUGCAGACGGCCGUGCGUCUGCUGCUGCCCGGGGAGCUGGCCAAGCACGCCGUGUCCGAGGGCACCAAGGCCGUCACCAAGUACACCAGCUCCAAGUGAGGCACGGCGCGGGCGCCACCAACCCAAAGGCUCUUUUCAGAGCCACCUUCCAAUCUCAUAAAAGGAGCGUGCU